ACAAUUAUGUUUUAUAUGUUCCAAUAUGUCAUCUAUAUCUAGUUGGUUGUCUGUCAAUCAUGCGAACGUCGUAGUAUUACAUAUUUUGAUAUAUAUAAAGGAAAAAUAUAAUUGUUUAACAUGUCUGUUAAUAUAGACAUUAAAUUAAAACGUGCCAGUAAAAUAUAUCAUGAAGGGGAGGUUGUCACUGGUCUUAUAUUAUUACAAACAAAUUCCGAUUUAAAGCACGAUGGUAUAUUCCUUACAAUGGAAGGUUCAGUUAAUUUACAAUUAAGUUCAAAAAAUGUUGGUAUCUUUGAAGCUUUCUACAAUUCUGUAAAGCCUAUUCAAUUAGUACAAUAUACUUUAGAUGUUGCUCCUGCUGGCAAAAUACCAAGCAGUAGAAUACCAUUUGAAAUACCCUUCGAAUUACCAUUAAAACCACGAGGGAAAAAACCAUUAUAUGAAACUUAUCAUGGAGUUUUUGUAAAUAUACAAUAUUUGAUACGUUGUGAUAUAAAAAGAAACUUUCUUGCAAAGGAUGUAAGCAAGUCAUUGGAAUUUAUUGUGGAAGACAAAUUCACUAUUAAAGUCGAUAAAGAGCAUAGUAAAAUUGUAUUCUUUAAGAUAACACCAGAGUCUUUACAAAAUACAAAAGAUAAAGUUAAUGUUCCAAGAUUUUAUAUUUCAGGAAGAUUAGAUUCAUUGUAUUGUAAGAUUUCAGAACCUCUUAAAGGCGAGGUAGUAAUUGAACAUUGUGAAGCUGUUAUAAAAUCAAUUGAAUUGCAGUUGGUAAGAGUAGAAACAUGUGGCUGUGCAGAAGGAUAUUCGAGAGAUGCAACAGAAAUACAGAAUAUACAGAUAGGAGAAGGAAAUGUAUGUACGAAUUUACCCAUACCUAUUUAUAUGAUAUUUCCAAGAUUAUUUACUUGUCCCACUUUAAGCACAAGUAACUUCAAAGUUGAAUUUGAAGUAAAUCUUAUUAUUAUAUUUGAAGACGAUUAUUUAGUUACUGAAAAUUUUCCUAUAAUACUUUCCAGAUACUAACUACUGUUGAUAUAUAAAAAUAUAAACUGUAGCAGCACAUAAAUGCAAUCACUAUAUGAUUUGGCAAUAAAAAUAUUUGUCUUAAGUUA